AUGAGAGCCAAUCCUGAUAUCUCGCCCGCUUACCAACACGUCGUCGUUCGCGGCCUUCCCUAUGAUCGAGGCUAUCAACAUGGCCAGCAGGCUAUGAGUAAAGUCAAGGCAAAUGUGGAAUACUACAAAAGACCGGGCAAGCUGGCUGAACGGGAUUUGAUGCACAAAAUUAUUAAUGAAGUGUACAUCCCAAAUGUUACAGCCCAUUAUCCUGCUGGCCUGGAGGAGAUGAGAGGCAUUGCAGACGGCGCUGGGGUCUCGCUUGAAGACGUUGUCUUGCUGAAUGCCCGAUACGAUCUGGCAAGACUGAACACCGAUGAAACACCCAACCAGGAAGAUGACCAAGCGAAUGAGUGCACUAGUGCCUUCUUCCUCAAGGAAACCACGGUCUCUGGUGAUGUCCUCAACGCACAGAACUGGGACAUGUCUGCCAGGCUCUGGCUGACGGAUGCCAUCAUCUACCUUGAGGUCCACCCGGAUCCAUCAGAAGCAAAGCCGUCGCUUUUCCUGGUCACGGAAGCCGGUCAACUCGGUCGUUCAGGGAUGAACUCCCUCGGCAUGGGCGUGACAGCAAACUCCUUGAUGUCCACCGAGGACUAUUCACCACACCGAAAGACAAACGAGCCCGUAAUGCCAAUCUCUCUGCUCCGUCGAAUGAUCCUGGAGUGCAGUCACCUGUCAGAAGCAACCACUCUCAUCCAGCAAUUCCCACGCCACGUCUCCAACAAUCUCACCCUGGCCACGGCCGAAGGAUUUGGCCUCUGUCUCGAGAUAACACCUAGUCGCGUGUAUAAGGUAUACGGCAACAUAGAUGACGGCUAUUUGAUUCACACCAACCACUUCACCGACAAAUCAUUCCUCGCUCGCGAUACCGUCCAGGACAGAUACCCGGGUGGAAGCAGCUGGCACCGUCGCCAGAGACUGGAGCAGGGUAUUCGCCCAUAUAGACACGGUCUUUUGUCAAACGAGCAGCUUAUCAAGGCAUUCUCGGACCAUCUUAGCUAUCCCGAGGCUUUGUGCUGCCAUCCGGAUGAUCAUCCACUUGACUCCGUUAUUGGAAAUCUGCCUGGCUAUCCAUUCCGCAGCGCAACCGCCACGGUUGCCUGCGUUAUCUAUAAUCUGUCUCAAGGGGCUAUCACCACCUGCAAGGGUCCGCCUUGUCAAGGUGUUUUUAAAACGUUCCAUCUCGAGGGACCGAAGUCGUUGGUGGGUGUUCAGCUGAAGAAUCGUGGUGGCAACAGCGAGCGUCCUGAGGUGCCAUGA